AUGUUAGGGAGCAUCGAUUGCAUGCAUUGGCAGUGGAGGAACUGCCCAGUGGCGCAUGCCGGUCAAUUCACAAGGGGAGACAUCAAACACCCUACCAUAAUCUUAGAAGCCGUUACGUCGUAUGAUCGUUGGAUCUGGCAUGUAUUUUUUGGAGUGGCCGGGUCCAACAACGACAUCAAUGUACUCAACCAGUCGCCGUUGUUCACUGAUGUGCUUAGGGGAGAAGCACUCAUAGUGAACUUCACGGUGAAUGGACACGAGUACAACCAUGGUUACUACCUUGCCGACAGUAUCUACCCCUCCUGGCCGGUGUUCAUGAAAGGUGUUACUCUUCCACAAAGUGAAAAGCAUCGACUGUUUACUGCUGCUCAAUCAGCUUGGCGCAAAGAUGUCGAGUGUGCCUUUGGAGUGCUGAAGGCUAGGUUCAACAUUCUAGCAGUUCCGGGACGCUCCUACUCGAGGCGUACUCUUGGGCUGAUCAUGUGUGCAUGUGUCAUUCUGCACAACAUGAUCAUCGACGAUGAGCGUGGUACAAAUUUGGAGAACAUCUAUGAGACAGUUGAUUCCAAUGUCGGCCCUGCGAUACACAACCAUGCACCACCAAGCCUAGCAGCCAGGAUUCAGAUGGACAACGAAAUGAGGGACUCACCGAUGUAUACACAGCUCCAGCAUGAUUUGAUUGAGCAUGUGUGGGCUAAUGCCUAG